CUUUCUCUUUCAAGUUUCAAUCCCGAAUCCCUCCCGCUUUUGAUUCCGAAACAGGAAGAAUCGAUUCGUCAUCAAGCUGGGUUUUCAAAACUUGUUCAAGAGGUACCAAUCACUUCGAUUCGGUUCAAAUUUCAUUCUCUGUAAAUACCAGCAAGGGGAGCUUAUAUAGAAAUGGAUAGUGAAAAUCAGAAAACUUUGGUAGAAAUUUUGGAGGCGGACAUUAAGGUUGACAUUGCGAAAUAUAUAAAUUUUGUUAGUAACCCUCAAUCAGGUGCAAUAGCAACCUUUUCUGGUACCACGCGUGAUACUUUCGAAGGGAAAACUGUUGUGGAACUGCGGUAUGAAGCUUAUGUACCAAUGGCUGAACGUCAAAUCAAGUCUAUUUGUUCUUCGGCUCGAUCGUCAUGGAGUUUGGAAGCGAUUGCUGUUGCUCAUCGUCUUGGGUCAGUGCCUGUAGGGGAGACUAGUGUCUUUGUUGCUAUCUCGUCAGUUCAUAGGGAUGAUGCUUUGGAUGCGUGUAAGUAUGUAAUUGAUGAGCUCAAGGCUUCGGUUCCUAUAUUUAAGAAGGAGGUUUAUUCAAAUGGAGAAGUUUGGAAGGAGAAUCGGGAGUUUUUGGAGAGGAAGGACGAGUACAGCAGUGGUAUUAGUGCGGCAGGGGGUAGAGUUUGUUGUGGGAGCAAGGUUAAAGAAGUGCCAGCUGCAAAGGAAAAAAAGAGUUGUUGUGUUAAUAAGACUAAGGUAAGAGAUGAGGAAGCAGAAUGUACUAGUUAGCAUUGCUAAUGGGAUAUUUUAGUUGACCGGAGGCAUAACCAAAUGGAAAAAAGAAUACUGGAAUGAACUUUACAACAGGAUUGAAAAUAAAAAGAGUUUGGUGCUCUUAUCAGGAUCCAAUUCUGGUAAGCUCUCAAUUUUAUGAAAUACUUGAACUAAUUUGUUCAUAACCUGUGCAAUUUAUUUAGCAUAAUUCGCAACUGUUUUUUCCCACAAAACAUGAGAACAUUUGUUCUGGGUGUUAAUGCGCCAUUGGUGGCUAAAGUUGUGUCGAGAAAUUUGAACUGAUUAAGUUUCUGCAUCGUCUCGAGGACCUACUUAUUUAUGUACCACAAUCAUGUUGGAUCUGAUGAUCCAAAACUGCUGAUGCUGCACUCAGAUUUGUUUUUUUUAUUUGUUGUUCUUCAUAAUUUAUUUCCGACUGAGUUCUUGAACAAUGGAGUCCCAGAGCUUUAUUGUUUUUCUUUAUGUGCUCAUGUAUAUGAAACCAAUUUUCCUCCCAA